AUGGCCCCAGUGUGUAACUGUCUUCAUGCAGGGCUCUCUCAAUUAGUGAAAACACAGAAGGUUGUCACAGCAACCCUGGGAGAAGAUGCAGUCUUAACCUGUGAGCUCAUGACACCGAAAGACGUGCGGCAAGUCACCUGGCAGAAAGAGACACCAGGGCCGAAGGAAAAUGUGGCCACUUACAGCAAACGAGGUCCUGAUGUCAACGUACGUUUUAAGGGGAAAGUGGAGUUUGAAGACGAGGGACUGCAGAACUGCUCUAUCGUCAUCAGAGGAGUGUCAAGAGGAGACGAGUCCUGCUACAAGUGUCUGUUUAACACCUUUCCAGAGGGAGCUAUCAGUGGAACGACCUGUCUCCAUGUCAAUGAGCUGUAUGGACCCUCACUCCUCAUCACACAAACCAACAACAGUCACACCACUCUGUCCUGUUCUGCUACUGGACGGCCUGUUCCUACAGUAACCUGGGAAGACACAGAAAUUCUAGAAAAUUCCACAAUGGCCAAUGUCACCCAUCUCAAUGGAACUGUCACGGUCACCAUAACUUCUACGCUGGCAGCAUUCAGUCUACCUGACAAAGACACCAGGGUUGGCUGUAUGGUGUCACUGUUCUCUGGAGGUGUCACCAAGAACGUAUUCAUGGUUAUUCCAGGUAGAACACAAGCUUCAUUUCCUGGUGUACCUGAGGUCACUGAUGGUGACAGGAUCAGAGGGAUUGGUGCAGUGAUGGGUUCACUGUGUUUCAUUGCUGUGUGCUGUGGAGCUGCUGUGGCACUGUGGUGCAAACUGAGAAAUACAAUGAGAAGCCAAUGACGGAGAACAGGAAGAACCAUCAACACUCAACCCUCAAAAUGAUGACCCUGAAACAAGUAAACAGUGUUUGUACUUACUGUAGGUAAUAGAUUAGAAAACAUUGAAUUGCUUUUCAGUAUCAAAUGUCCUCCCUGGAGAAUAUGUAACUGUAAAUACCCACAAAGCCGUUAUAUCAGUACACUGUUACAACAGAUGAUCUGACUCUGAUCAGUAUCAUUGAUGUUAAUGUAUUUCAGGACCACAACAAUCUCCAGUACAUUCUAAAUGUGUUAGUACAACCUUAUUGGAUCAUCCUGGUAGAGUGGUAGUCAUGGUGACCGCAUACAUGCAAAUGAGUUGCAUUGUUGCAUUGUUGUUCCAGUAUGUUAUUUGUAUUUUGUAUAUAUUAGGGAUCCCCCAUUAGCUGCUACUCUUCCUGGGUCCAAACAUAUUACAGUACUUACAUUAAUGAAGUCAAUCUCUCCUCUACUUUGAUCCAUGAGAGAUUGACAUGCAUGUCAUUAAUGUUAGCUCUCCGUGUACUUUUAAGGGCCAGCCGUGCUGCCCUGUUCUGAGCCA